AUGUCUGCUAUGUUUACGAAGAUUCUGUUGUUUGCCGCGUUUUUUGCUCUGGCCAGCGCCGCCCUGCUGCCUCGCAAAGCGGCCAACAGCGAAGACACCUUCGAUGCACAUCCUCGCUACUCCUUCGGCUAUGAUGUACAGGAUGCGGUGAGCGGCGAUGUCAAGUCCCAGCAGGAAACACGGGACGGCGACUUAGUGCAGGGCCAAUACUCACUGAACGAUGCGGAUGGCUAUCGGCGCAUUGUGGACUACACGGCCGAUGCGAAGCGUGGCUUCAGCGCUGUGGUGCGACGUGAGCCACUGAAUGCCGCGGCACCAGUCGCCAAACAGCUGAAAGUGGUUAUACCAAUGCCCAAACUGCAGCCUGUCCAGCCAGUGGUGGUUAGAAGCUAUGUCGCACCCACAUUGAUACACCAUGCGCCCGUGGCACAUGUUGUUCACGCAGCCCCUGCACCCACCCUUGUGUCCCACCACGUGCCAGGCCUGUUAAAAUCGCCGAUACAUGUUGCCCAUCCUCAAACCAUUUCAUAUGUGUUCCAGCACUAG